CUUGGUAUAACAUGGACGACACGAUGCUACUGGCCGUUUCCUCUUCUGGUUAUCUGGGGGCAUCGUUUCCUCGCGUGGACGGUGAUGACGGAUACAAGAAUCGCGUAUCGCAAGGCGGUGGCUUGCGAUAUAGCGGGCGUCCGGAUGGAGGGCCCGCAGGUUCCCCGCCAGGGCGCCACCCGUAUCCCAUGCAGGCGCUGCGCCGUGGUCUGUAAAUGGAGGAGGUGCAUGGCUCGGUC